UCAGGCAAUACCCCGUCUAAUGCUCUCUCUCUCUCUCCAUCUCUGAUCUCUGUGCGCUGACGCCGGUGAACCUGUCUGUCCUGUCCUGCUUUCUCCAGCCACUCCGUCUUUGUUCUGGAAUAUUCGGAGCGACAGGAAGCGCAGGGAAUUGUGCGUCGGAUUGGUGUGUGUGUGCGAGGAGGUGAAGGAUGGUUUUGCCGGCUGGUUUUGCAGCGGUUCUCAUCCGAGUGCGUGUCUCCCGGGCAACCGCGCCAUGAGCCGGACCAACCGCGCCUCCUGCUCAAUGCUCAACUGCUUCGGUGAGGAGGGGCCGCCCAGCCUGGAGUACAUUCAGGCCCGGGACCUGUUCCCCCAGAAAGACCUGCUCAAAGAAGACGACGCUCUGCAGGUCCCGUUCCCUGUCCUGCAGGGCGAGUGGGUGGAGUUCCUGGGCCGUGCGGACGAUGCCAUCAUCGCCAUCUCCAACUACAGGCUUCACAUCAAAUUCAAAGACUCCAUCAUCAAUAUGUAUCCUGGUGUGGACAGUGAGAUUUCUGUUCCUCUGAGGCUGAUUGAGGGUGUUGAGAGCAGAGAUAUGUUUCAGCUGCACAUCAUCUGCAAAGACUCCAAAGUAGUGAGGUGUCAUUUCUCGACGUUCAAGCAGUGUGAGGAGUGGCUGAAGCGCUUGAACAGAGCCAUAGCGCAUCCGGCGCGUCUGGAGGAGCUGUUCGCGCUGGCGUAUCAUGCCUGGUGUUUAGGAGGAAACACAGACGAUGAAGACCAGCACCUGCACCUGUGCAGACCAGGUGAUCACGUGCGGCACAGGCUGGAGGUGGAGGUGAAGCGGAUGGGGUUCGACAUGCAGAACGCCUGGAGAGUGUCUGAUAUCAACAACAACUACAAGUUGUGUUCGAGUUAUCCACAAAAACUGCUGGUGCCCGUCUGGAUCACAGAUAAGGAGCUGGAGAGCGUGGCCUCCUUCAGGUCCUGGAAGAGGAUUCCUGUGGUGGUGUACAGGCACCAGCGUAACGGGGCGGUCAUCGCCCGCUGCAGUCAGCCGGAGAUCAGUUGGUGGGGCUGGAGGAACACUGAGGACGAGUAUCUGGUGACGUCCAUAGCGAAGGCCUGUCAGCUGGACGCCGGGCUGCGGGCCUGCAGAGCCAGAGGAGACGGACCCGACUCGUCCGACAGUGACUUCGACUCAUCUCUGACGGGUUGUCCCGCUCCUGAUGCCAGCAGUGCAGCACAGAAAUUACUGAUUCUGGAUGCCCGUUCUUACACCGCCGCUGUGGCAAAUCGUGCCAAAGGAGGAGGCUGCGAGUGUGAAGAGUACUAUCCCAACUGUGAGGUGAUGUUUAUGGGCAUGGCCAAUAUCCACUCCAUCAGAAACAGCUUUCAGUCACUCAGAGCCGUUUGCAGUCAGAUCCCGGAUCCCGGCAACUGGCUCUCGGCUCUGGAAAGCACUCGUUGGCUGCAGCACCUGUCCGUCAUGCUGAAAGCCGCCACUCUGGUGUGCUCUGCGGUGGAGCGGGAGGGGCGUCCAGUGCUGGUGCACUGCUCAGACGGCUGGGACCGCACGCCGCAGAUCGUGGCCCUCGCAAAGAUCCUUCUGGAUCCCUUCUACAGGACCAUAGAGGGUUUUCAGGUGCUGGUGGAGACGGAGUGGCUGGAUUACGGUCAUAAGUUUGCGGACCGCUGCGGUCAUCAGGAGAACGGAGAGGAUGUGAGUGAACAGUGUCCCGUGUUCCUGCAGUGGCUGGACUGCAUUCAUCAGCUCCUCAAGCAGUUCCCCUGCCUCUUCGAGUUCAACGAGGCCUUUCUGGUGAAGCUGGUCCAGCACACGUACUCCUGUCUGUACGGCACCUUCCUGUGCAAUAACGCGAAAGAGCGCGAGGCCCGUAACGUCUAUAAACGCACCUGCUCCGUCUGGUCGCUCCUGCGCAACGGCAACAAGAACUUCCAGAACUUCCUCUACAUCCCCUGCCAUGAUAUGGUUUUGCAGCCGGUCUGUCACACGCGGGCUCUGCAGUUGUGGACGGCCGUGUAUCUGCCGACGUCCUCGCCGUGCACCGCGGCUGAAGAUGCCAUGGAGAUCUACCUGAGCCCUUCGGCCGGAGGAGAGGAGUUCAGCUCUCGCUCCCUCGAUAGGCUCCCCAAAACACGCUCGAUGGACAACUUGGUAUCUGCUUGUGAGAACGGCGUGACGCUCACCCGCACCUCGAGUGACCCCAACCUGAACAAGCACUGCCAGGAGGGCCGUCCGGCGCUGGAGUCCAACCAACCUGCGGCCAUCCAGAGCGCCGCUUCGUCCGAGGACCAGCCUGUUGGUGGAUUGAUCGCCGCUGAGCCGGCGUGUGAGGAAACCAGCUCUUCAAUAUCUCCUGAGGACGAUUUAGGGGCAGAGCCUUGUUUGACAACCCAGCCCCUUCCAUCUUUGCCCCACCCCUUAGCAUUAGAUCAAGCCCCGCCCCUUCCAGUCACAAACCAAGCUCCGCCUCAAAUCCCAAUUAGCUCACCACAGGAAAUCAGGACUGCAGAAAACACAAAUCCACCUCCUCUUCCACCUCCUCUUUGUAACGGCUUCGCACACGUAGAAAACGCUAGCGGAUCUGAGAACUCUGAAGCCAUUGCGCCAAUGGAGGCAUCAGUGGAGACGCUAACGGAGCAAAGCGCAAUCCCUCCUUCUAGGAAAGCCACCGAUGUCCCGUUCGAAACGCCGAUCCGAAACGGCGAACUGGUUCCCGCCAGAGAACGACCGCCACCUGCCGACUACGCCAAAGCAGCGCGCCGUUUGAUUUCCCAAAGCCAGCUGACGGAGCUAUCGCUACUAGGUUCCCAAUGGGACAGCGUCCAAGGCCUGGUCCAGUCGGCCUGCGGUGGCGCCAUCCAACACGGCAGCUAUCACGGCCGCCGCCUGGCGAACAAGCUCCUCCGUGCCCAAGCUGGAAGCGCUAACGGCGGGCCAUGUUGCCGCCGAGACCCCCUGCGCGCUCCUGGAAGCCCCAUCCAGUCAGGCUGGUUCACUGCGGUGAGGAACUCCAGCUACGCCGCGCUUUGUUCCUCGGCAGCAUCUUCGCUAGCAAUGGGACCGUCCCUCCGGCAGCUGCUCCCGUCCCAUUCCUCGCCGUCCUCCAGCGGCUCUCCGGCUCCGGCGUACCUGGACGACGACGGCCUGCCGGUGGCGGUGGACGCGGUGCAACAGCGGCUGCGGCAGAUCGAGGCCAGUUACAAACAGGAGGUGGAGGUGCUGAGGCGGCAGGUUCGACAGCUGCAGCUCAAACUGGAGAGCAAGCAGUUCUGCACGCCGCCCUCCGAACCCGACGUCGACUACGAGGACGAUAUAACGUGUCUGCGGGAGUCUGACGGCAGUGACGAGGAGGACUCUUUGUCCAAUCACAGCGAGGACCGCUUCAGCGAGGGCAGCUGGGACCGUGUGGAGAGGAAGGACACAGAGGUCACCAGAUGGGUGCCGGAUCACAUGGCCUCUCACUGCUUCAACUGCGACUGUGAGUUCUGGAUUGCCAAGAGACGCCAUCACUGCAGGAACUGUGGGAACGUGUUUUGUAAGGACUGCUGUCACCUGAAGCUGCCCAUCCCAGACCAGCAGCUGUACGACCCGGUUCUGGUGUGCAACACCUGCCACGACCUGCUGCUGGAGUCCCGCACGCGAGAGCUGCGCUCGCAACAGCUGAAGAAAGCCAUCGCCACCGCCUCCAGCUGAGACGGCCAAUCACAGCGCGCCACACGCCGGCGUCCAAUCAGACGCCCGUCUUUUAGAGCAAGAGCCGCUCUCCUGGAGUCUGGAUCGGCUCUGAGACUGAUCCACAUGAGGAACGGGACGGAUGAACUCCAAAACACGAGUGCGGUCUGCGACGGAGGGGCGAUUUUAUCACUGCAAGUGAACUCCAAGCUUCUCUGGUUGAGGACAGAAACAGAACCCAAAGGAUCCUUGGCUUCCAAAGCCCAAAGUGAGGCGUUUCUUCAUCUGGAAAUCACCACACGGCCCCUAUGCAUCACACACAUCGGACAAUCUCAGCCAUGCAUCCAUCCAGAGGCUCUCUAUUUAAAACCAACCAAGCUGCUACAGUAUUUAAAAACGACAAAUUCUACUUUUGUAUCCUCAUUAUUUUGUGCACUACGGAGGGGGGUUGAGACCAAAACGGAGAGAUCUGCAGCUGUUUCCUUGCUGUUCGUCUGCUGAUAUGAAGUUUGAAUGUACGGCUGUUUGGUUUAUUUCGAUUUUUCAGAAACUGGAGACUGGAUUCGCUGGUGCAUUUACUGAAUUUAAGCUGCCAGUUUGCAUUGAUUUGAUGGCAAUUUUGUGCAAUUUUUGUUUUUCAGCCACUCGUUUGAUGUGAAAUACUCGACUUUAAAUGCCAAACUCAAAUUCCAACAUAUCAGUAAUAUAUAAACAGAAUCACUCCUAAAUUCAUGUUUCAUCUGGCUGGUUGUGUGUGUAGCAGGAAAAGCAAGAAAAAAAACUGAGCAAGCUGAACAUUUAUGCUGUAUGUUGUUGUGUACGUUACGGUAAAACUAUAGCCAUGUUGCACUGCUCCGUCUACUUUAGCCAGAAUACUAGUGUACUAGUUUCUUUUCUCUGACUUCAUCAGAACAAACCAACGACGAUAAUUAAAAUGACAAACUGAAACAGGUGAAUCAUUGGAAACUGGUGGCGAUUUAAAGGACUUUUGUAUUGGAGGGUUUGACCGUUUCGCUGCUGUCCGCUCACGUUCUCAACGGCAUUACAUGUUCAAAACAAGUGCUAUGAUUUCUUUUUCACGUCGUCUGCGUCUUCAGGCCCUACGUUGAUUGUGUAUUGUAAUGUUGGUGAACCUCAACAGUGCCAUGUGUUUGAUUUUAUUAUGGAUUCACUGAUUUGUAACUUUAACAUGUUGGGUGGUACAAUAGCUAGAGGAUGCUUUGAUGAGGUUAAAAACACUGAGAACCGGUUUGAUUUUGUCUGACGGAUUAUUUUUCUUCUCCGUGGUGUUGAUGAAGGACACAUUUUGAGUUAAAUGCAUUGAAAAGGAACCCAGAAAUGUGAUGUAUAGUUAUUUGGUCUGUAAUAGUGGCUAAAAUUUGUCACUUAGUGAAUAAUUGUUGUAAAGAAAUGCACUGUACAAGUUCAAUCCCAUGGGUUAAAUAAAAAGAUACGUCUUUAUCAGUCA